AUGCUUCACGGCCGUGAAGUUCCACAAGAACAUUCCCACAACCGAUUCCUCGACGGUGUCCGCGCCAACCUGGCCCUCAAUAACCCGGCCGGUAUCACAGAUCCUGUCUUCGGUCUUCUCGGAGACGCAGCAGCUGCUGCUGGUGCCGGAACAAUUACUAAUUUGGCAUGUCUCCACCAAGCUACUGCUGACCAAGCCUUCACCAACGCAAAGGCCGCCGGAAAUGUCACUGGUCAAGCUGAUGCUCUGAUGUAUGCCGCUCUCGAGAGAAACACUGGGAAGGUUGGUCUUGCAAGUGUUAGCUGCAAUGAGACCGCCGUGAAUCCAGAAAUCCAAGCAGUUCAGCAACAUCAGGAUCCUGCUUCAGCAAAUGCAGCAUCCGUCAACAAAGCUAUUGUUCUCUCACUCGCCAAACAGCUUGCAUCUAUUGGUGCUGAUCCACAGGAAGCUCUCUUGUCAGGAACUUUCGCCCCCGGCUCACUCUCUGACAAUACUGGCAAAGGAAACACUUGUGACACUGCCGAUGAUGUCGAGGGUUGUAUCUUUUCUCAGAAUCUGUUGGUCAACGAUGCCACUGCAGAAGAGAUCAGCGCGGCGGUCGCUGGAAUCUCUUCAUCGUCCAGUACAACCUGUAGUUCAACAGCAUCUGUUGGUGCUCAGGCUGCCAAUGAAACUGCCAUUCCCACCGAAACUGCUACUGCUACUCCCACUUCAACUGCAGCGGAUGCCUUCAAUAGCGCCUUGGGGGUGACCGCCUCGAAGUUGAAAGCCAGAGCAAGCGCCAAUGUUCAAACCUUCACUGGGACCCUCGGUGGCGCUGCUCCUGCUGUUAUCCAGAGCACUGGCGAUAGGCCAUUCAGUGUUAACGGCUCUACCUUUAUCAACAAGACUGCUGCUCUACAACGGUCCUGCUCAGUUCAGAAUACUGCUUGCAGCAACGCUGCCAACUCAGGGACACUUCCUGGUACCACAGUCGCAGACUGUAAUGCACAGGAGGUGGCGUGCAAUGCUGCUGCUUCUUAA